CAUUACUGCCAUCUCACUCUGUACAGGCAGGACGGGACGAGGUCACAGAGAGUUCAUUGAAGGAUGGUAGAGCGCAGGGGCUUUAUUAACAAGUGGCGCAACAGUGAGAGUCUGCUGUUGUUGAUCUUGUCAAGUUUCCUGAAGCUCUUCAGGGAGGGAAGAGGCUAAGGAGAUAAUGGCUUUCGUGGGUUUGGAAUUAGGAAAUUGAUUCAGCUAAUUCAAAUCAAGCAUUUAUGGCGUCUGUCUUGGACACUGGAGAAUACUGCCAAAGCCAACACAAAUAAAGUAUCAGCCUCAAAGAAAGACUUGUUGGGGGAAUACUAGUACUACUUGUCCUUGCCUCUUUCGCUCGCUCACAGCGAAAUCAAACUCCGAGUACUGCAUUCACCUGUCAAGCAGACCAAGGCUCUUUGCAUGAGAGAGCUAUCAGCUGGACUAGUUGUUCGUUGGAUCUCAUCCCCACGGUCUCUGGAACUUUUUUAGCCCCCGACAUCAGGGGUGUGAACUACACGUGCAAUUCCUACGCCUAUGUGGUGCGUUCACGUUUCUUCGGCGUGUGCUUGCCGACACUGCCGCGGACAGACCCACGAAUGGGGUAAGAUUCAGGUCGAGAGCAAACUGCACUGGCAGGUGCCUCCAAGGUGUGUGAGAGUCAGAAGACCUGCACGGUAAUCGCCGCGGGACCUCUUGUUUUUUCUGCGGUAGCCUUAAGUUCAUUUUUUGUACGAAAAAAUCCUCUUCAUAAUUUUGUCUCAGAGUUGUCUCCCCUUCUUUCCAUCUCACCAACCAGCUUCAUUUCCUAUCAGUAGUCCGGUAUAAUCGUCGAACGGAUCACUGCCCACUGCCCCCUUCCAACAAACCAAUCACCUGGACUAGUAAGAAUAGAACCCAUUUUGAGGUAGUUCAGAAAUCAAGACUGGAGUUGGACUGACAGAGCUAAGACAAAGCGGAAGAGAUUCUUUCUCCACCUGAGAAAGGGCAUCUUACAUUUGUUUCUAUUGUCGUCCAUCCAUGAAGAACCACAACAUGAGUUCUAUCCGGAGCGUACGUCCUGCUCCUGUAGAGAUUGUACACAAGCACAUGAGAUUCCUCAUCAUCCAUAACCCAGAUAAGAAUGGCGUGGAGCAUUUCAUCCAGGAGCUAAAACAGCGUCAGAUCAAGGAAGUGGUUAGAGUGUGUGAGCCUACAUACGACGCAGCUGUCCUAAAGCAAGAAGACAUCGAGGUCAUGGACAUGCCCUUUGAUGACGGAGGCGUCCCAUCGUCCGAGAUCAUUGAUCAGUGGCUGGCCCUCCUGAAGAUGCGCUUCAAGGAAACGCCCAAGAGCUGCGUGGCCGUGCACUGCGUGGCUGGACUAGGCCGCGCUCCCCUUAUGGUUGCACUGGCGCUGAUGGAAGCUGGCAUGACAUACGAGGACGCUGUAGAGUUCGUACGAGAGAAGCGUCGCGGUGCCAUCAAUGCCAAACAGCUCCACUUCCUGGAGCGCUACAAGCCCCGUCUCCGCAUGAAAGCCAAGAAUGGUAGCAAGGGGGAAAGCUGCUGCCUGAUGUAAACAGACCCUUCCAUCUCCACUUCAUCCUCCUCCUCAUUUAGUCCUUCAUCCAUCCUUCAUCCAAUCCUCCACUGGACAACUUGCUGUACUAAUGAUAUUCUGUUAAUAACCAUAUAUUUGUAGUUGUAGGUCACAUGCAUGACGUUAUCAUUUUGGAAUUAGCAAUACACAUAGUAGUGGGUUUAGAAAUCGAAACACGUAUUGAAUUUUGCAUGAUUAGGUAAUGCACCAUUAUUCCCAUUACAAAGCAUUCUUUAAAUUAAAAUAAAGGCAUAUCGGGCAUUUAUGAAAUAUAUUAUUAAUUGAUUGUGUAUUGGUGUCUGCAGCAUAAUUAAUUUCUGGAUUUCUACCUUUAAGGAUAAAAGAAAGAUGAUAAUUUAUUUUCUAACCUCCAAGAGGUGUAAUAAAACUAUUUUUACUAGAGCCUAAAUUUUACUCCCAGGAAUGCAAUUCAUUUUAUUGUGCAGAACAUUAAAUUUCUGAUUAUUCUUUCUAAACAAAUUAUUGUCAUAAAUGGCAUGCAAGGCAUUGCAAGGAAUGAAUUCACUGAAAUUUUCUGUUCAAAAGGAACUGUUUUAAUGAUGUAAUGGUGCAUUACAAAGAAAACACCACAAAGUCGGAAUCAAUCAAGAAUAUUUUGAUGGAAAAGGUACUGUCAAUCGCAUCACAUCAGAAGUAUUCAAUCACGUCUUGGGUAUUGAAUCUAAAGGGAGCGUGUCAUACAAUACAUUUAAGAUCUUAUCUCAUCGGCAUUUCAAGUCUUAAGUAUCAAGAUGGUUAGAGCUUUAUUUUUAUUUUUGUUUAAUAUCUCAGACAUUGAUAUGGACUGUAGUAUUGAUUUCAAUUUCUUCAAAUAACAGCAUUAUGAAUUCAUAUUACAAAGGUUAGAUAUAACAAUAAUAAUUAUUUUUUUAAUGUUCGUGUGUUCUUUAAAAAUUAUUAGAGUGGUUCAGCUUCAUUGUAAUAAAACUGAAUAUGGUCUCGACACAAGAAAGACUAAAAAAAAUACCUUGAUCCAAAAUUGUUUGAUUAUUCAUGAAUUUAAAAAAAAAAUGUAAUUAUGAUUUUGCACAUGCUAACUUAUAUUUGACAAUAUUUCAUGUUAAUAUCUUUGAAGACAUGUUUGUGAAAAAACUGUACUCUGAAGCACAAAAUCAAGAUGACAAAAGUUUUCAUAUUUAGGCUGAAAUGGGUAAUAAUGAGAAGCAAAACCUUACUUUGAGUUAACCUUCAUUUUGACACCUUAUUGAGUACAUCACAACAAACAAGGCCACACCCACUUAUGAAGGCCACGCCCAUUAUUCAUUAGGAGGGCGUAACCUCUCUUCCCGCCCAUUCAAACUAAUGAACAAAUGCUACGGUCAGUUUUUCAUGUAAAGUCUAGUCGUAAAGGCCAUGUAGGGCCAUUUAAAAACAAGUUAUGGGCACUGUAAACAUCCUGUAUGGUCAUUAGUCUACACCAGAGCCACUUAAUCUGCCAAUUAAUUGUAAAGCUUUGUAGUUUCCAGGUAAUGGCAGUGCACUGCAAGGCCUUGUAAAGGGACAUAAACACCCCCACAGAGCCAGUUUAUAUAUGGCGAAAAUCAACGACGAUGGAAAAUGCCAUUAUAACCAACAACAACAACAACAUGGUAAAAAUGUGAACAUUUUGAAAUUCUUGUUAGUUCUAGCAGUAAGCAAUAUGUAGCGCCUGUAACUGCACCUAGAUGCUGUAAUUGCUACUGGAUACUGGCAGUGUUCAAUCCUGUAUUGAAAAGUGGCUUUACGUGGCAAUUUUGGCUAGGCUUUACGUGAAAGUUUGAUUGCGGUAAAAGUAAUGCCUUCCAUCAGUACACGAGACCAAGUCUUGCAUCUAUCUGCUUUGUGUUCCAAGGUAUCUAAUACACAUGGAAAAUAGAAAGCAUUGUUUCUUGUCUGCAAGCACACACUGUGUUACCCAACGCGGAAGCCACACAGAGACAUUGAAUUCUUCUAUUUUUGAAUUUCUACUCAGACAAAAAAAACAAAAUGUGUGUGUUUGUUUGGAUAUGUAUGUAAGUUAAUGAUAAAUUGAUAUGCAUUGUUGAUGAUUAUUUGGUUUGUUUGUGAGUUGUUGUGCAACGAUUGAGGGGUUUCUUUUUUCCCCCUCUCAUUUUCAUGUCUCAUUUGAAAUCUGUAAUUCUAAUGACUUUUUUGGUCACACAUGAACAAUAAUUGCAAUGCAUCGGAAUAGGCAGGACUUGGGAAGUCCAGCUAACAUGGCAUGAGUAAGGUUAAGGAGUGCAACAUUGAUGUUCUAAUGAGAAGAAAUUGUUUAGAUUGAACAAAGUAUCUCCAAUAAUGACAAGAUAUAUUGACAUUUCAUGUAUCUUAAGACACAUUUGUUCUGUUAACAGGCAGAAGGAGGCAGCAUUGAUAGGCUUUCCUACAGGUUUCAUUGUUGUGACCUUCUGUAGCUAAAGUGAAGGGAAAAAAUGAAGUGUGAGUGAAGGGGCAUCUUAAAAUCGAUAAUUUGGAGUGGCUUUGGUGCCGUGGGAUUCUGUUUUUAUUUCAUGGAAUUUUUGUCUUGCUGAGGUGAUGAUUCCAAUUUGUCAAUUGGGAGUGUGAAAUUUCAAUGUACACGGAUAAUUUGAUAGAAUCUAAAAAUUGUGCAUCUAUGAUACUAUUGUCAUUUGAUUAGCAGUAGUGAUUUUUGAAGCUUUAUACCUUGAUGACAUUAAUCAACGUUGUUUAAUAUCUUAUCUUUUCUUAUAUAAGCAUUGCAUUUUUGGGUUCCAGUAUCGUGGCUUUUAUUGAUAUUGAUUGAUGAUUUGAACAUUUUUUUGAUACCCAGCUCGGCGUGACUACAUAUUAUCUUGAAUGUACACUGAUUGUUUAAAGUUUGCAUGAAAUUCUGGUGGAAUGUUUAGGAAGAUAUUUGAAUGGUGAUAAAUGAAAGACAUUCAUUUUGUAAACAGGUAUUAUCUAAACAGUAUGCCAUGCAUGGCAUUGGAAAAUGUAUUCUGGAAUUGUAGAUGAAAAUAUUUUAAAAACAUUCUCCUUGGGAAUGUCUUAAUAAUGGACAUUUCAUGCAACAUUCUUCCUCCUCAUUAUCCUCACAUAGCAAAAUUCUAAGGGAGUAGGAGGGGGGGGGGGGGGCUAUUCUUAGGACAAGUAAUAUAUCUAUCAAACUUUCAAUAUCAAAUCCAACCCUCUGUCCACAACUCCACGUGCUAGUCAGUAGACAUCGGUCUUAACAAAAACUUUUUUUGGGGGAUGGGAUGUAUUUUGGGAGGAAAUGAAUUUGAGAAUUUGUGGGAGAUGGAGAAAAGAAACCCAUCAAAUUUGUUGGCUCACAUCAAACAUUCAAAUUGCACUUAAAGUAUCACCAUUCACAUAUUAUGUUUCCUCAGCCAUUUAAUACUGAAAGACUAAAUCCUGUGUUUUGGCUCCCCCUAUUUAACAGCAUAUCAUGUCCUUUGUGACUUAAAGGAAAUCAGAAAUUUUGAAGGAAUGAAAUUGAUGCCAUUUUCUGUAUUUUUAAUCCAAAGGCAGUAGAUCUUGUUCUACAAUGUUUUUCUAUUUCUCGUUUUAUGUGUGUAUUUUCAGAAUAGAUAUAUAUAUUGGAAAUGGACUUGUAUAACUGUAUUACAAGAAGAUAUGCUGCACUGUAGACUGAGAGCUCGCACCAUGAUGUACAGCACGGCAAAGUCAUAGGCACAUAGCAUGUUGAGAGAAAUAGUUGUGACACUUGGUGCUUGGUCAUACAUGAAGGUGAAACCAUGUAGCUCCCACUAGUUCCUCUCAUGUACAAUAUCUAUGUGCGGGAACUUCUAGAGCUGCUUGAAAUUAUAACUGGCCAAUUGAUCAGUAGCAACUUCUGGUGAUGCAACUAUCUCUCUCAACUAGCCAUGGGCGAAGCAUCAACAACAAAGAGAGACAAUGAAUUUACUUUAUACCUCACAGAUUGUUGGUGCGAAAUACAAAAAAAACGUAGUAUCAUAAACAUAAAGAAAGAAUGAAGUAUUUAUGUCUGUAUAUCUUGUGUAAAUGUGUGUGCGCAAAUAAUAUGUCUUGUAGUCGUAAUUUUGAUUAUUCUCUUUCACCUUUCUCACGUGGUGCAUUUGUCUUUAAUAAGGCUUCACUCUGGAGUCUUCAAGAAAAACGACCUAGAAGUGAUGAAUUAAAACACACCGCAAGCUUCUGUGAUUUCAGUAACGCCGGAUCACAACUGUCUAAAGAGUAGUCCCGUCUGUUUUCUGAUGAGCUAGUCAUUGACUUCAUAGAUAAUGCAAUUUUGUUAGAAAUUUUCCUUCAGAUCUUGAAAGACUAUUAAAGCGGGCUUUCAUUUCUAAGAUGUAAAGAGAUAUAUGCCUUAUCAUCAUCCUAGUUUUGUUGAUGGAGGGUAUAAAUGAUUAUCACAAGAAACUCCCCCCCCCCCUCCAAAAACAAAUAAAGCUAAACUGUGCCACAAGAAAAAGUUGAAUGGGUGCUGAAUAUGAUUAACCUACUGUGUGUGAUAACGUUAGUAAUUCCAGUGCCCUUCUGCUUCUGAAAUUGAGCAUCACUAUUAGUAUCGUCCUUCUAAGUUGUUCUUUAGAGUGAAGCCUGAGCCAUAAAGCUGUUGUUGCAUGUAGAAACAAUGCACGAACAAAGAAAUGAUUGAAAAGCAAUACAGAGACAAUGCUACACAUUCAUUGAAUAAACAGAACUAUGUUCAUCUGCUGUGAUUGGUCUUAUGCAGACUAGCAAGAUGUAAUGUACGAAAGGUGUCUAUCAAAAUGCGGCAUUCAAAUGUGUUUAAUAAUUAUAUUUAGAAAGGAAAGAAUGUAAAAUCAUUGAUGUAUUUAUUCUAGAAACUGUUUUUUCUUACAGCUUUCCCCUUGUGUAAUACGCUUGUUAAUCAGAAUGCAUAGAAAUGAUGAAAUGUUGCUUUGCCUUGAUAGGCAAUCCAGAUGCUUUAAAUGUUGAUGUUUCAAAUGAAAGUUUUUAGUUCAUUCACCAAAUGAAUGGUUUCUAUUAAUCUUAGGAUGAUAGUGAAGCAAGAUGCAUAGUGAUAACACUUCACGAGGGUACACAAAGCCUUGCUCACUGACCUAGGUCAACCAACUCUCACACCCAUGUCCAACUCUUGCACAAUUAUCAUGGACCAUCUUAACUCAAGUCUGCCAGAAGCUUUGAUUAGAAAACUAGUUGCUAAAAAACCACAAUGCCGUAGUUUCAUUUACAUUUACCAUGCUUUAAGUGGCUAGACAAGUAUGAAGACAUGUUAGAAUUUCUCACUAUAUAAUUUCUACAUUUCAUUUUUCACCACUAUACACACAUUUUGAUCAAAUCGUCGCCUCAUCUCCUCUAGAAAUUGUCAUUUUUAUUUUAUCAUCUUGUAUGUAUUUUCUUGUGAUACAGUAUUAUAACCAACGAAUUGUGCUCUGUUCUCUCUUUUUAAAACCAUUUUUUUGGGGGGGUAACCUUACAAGAUUUGAUUUGAUAUGUGCUGCACGUUAGGAGCAAGGUAUUAUGAAUGGUUUGCAUCUGGCCAACCAAGAGCCUCAAAAUGUCCAGAAGCCAGUUUGAAUUUAUUGAAGAAAAGAACUUCAUGGAAAUGAUCGAGUAUUCUUGGUGCAUCAGACCGGCUUCUGGAAGAAUGUAAAUGAAUGGUAACUGCCACAAACACAAACCCAAAUUUUUGACACUAUAAUUGACUCUAGAAAUGUGUCAUAUUUCCUUUCAUUUAAUAGCUUAAUUCUAACUUUCUCCAUGUUCUUCAUGGCAUACAUACAUUUUGGUUGCUAAUUACAAUACUCUGAUUGAUAUAGUGUUAUCAACACUUUCUGUUUCGAAUUCAUUGGUCUGCUUUUCUCAAUAUAUUCCUAGUCUGAUAAUAUAACAUGGCUACUGAACACAUCAUUUUGGAAUUGCAGAUUUUUCUUUGCCAAAAUGUGCAUUUUACUAUUAAACAGUUUGUUCUUGCGCUAUGUAUAACGUGUUUUCGUAGGUUUCUUUUAAAUUCUGCAUGUUUAUUGUCUGCACUGGAAUAGCAUGGUAAUUAUGGAACUGUUGGUUGUUUUGACCGAAGUAAGAAAUGCACUGGUAUAAGCAUCUCAUCUGUUGAAGCUCAACUUCAAAUUUGUGCUGUAUACUUUUUUUCUUCAGUCAAUUAACAAAAUUAUGCCUUUAGGAGAGAGAAGUAUUUUUUCCCACUUUCAUUAUGCCCAAUUCAUUGAUAAUUGGGCCCAGAUUGUAAAUGUUAAUUCAAUAAGUAUUUAUGAAUUUCAAUUCAGAUUUGUGAAUGUUGAUUAUAUAAUUUUUGGUAUCAUAUAAUGAUUUGUUUUUAUUUUUCAUUUUGUGGGGUGGAAUUUACUCACUUAUUUUUAUCUCUGGAAACAGUCUUAAUAAAGUGCACUCUGAAGGGUCAUGAAGUAAAACAAAUACUUAGUUGUGUGAUACCAUAUCUGACUGUUUCAACAAAGUGAUUUUUAUUAAUGUUAUGUGAGUAAUGAGGACAUCUGAGAGAAUAAAAACAGGAAAAAAAGAGAA